AUGGUUUACACCAACCUCAUGUACUUACAGGGGUUGGAUGAUGCUGCCUGGUAUCGGUGCUUCCCAGCUACAUUGAAGGGCAUUGCCCAACAAUGGUUCGGCAAUCUGCUGGUUGGGUGCAUCAAUUAUUUCAAGACGCUUUCGUUCUUGUUCGCCUCUAACUUCUCCAUGAAUAUACCCGCCAAAAAGACAAGCCUCAACUUGAGCGCGGUACAACAGGGAGACAGAGUGGGGUUUCGAUCAUACGUCAGGCGGUUCAAUCUGGUGAGAAUCCAGAUUCAAGGAAUGUCUGACGAUGUUGCUUACACAAACUUCAAUAAGGGUGUGAAGAACAUGUCAACUUUUAAGUUCGACCUCGUUUGGAAGAAGGUUGCUACUCUUAAAGAAGCGCUGAUGGAGGCGGAAGCCUAUAUGCAAGCGACCGAGCUCUGCUCCACUAGUAAGCAGUCGGAUUCUAAGAAGUCUGACAAACAAAAAGGGAGUCGGCAAGAACAACCGGCUCAAAAGGCUGAAGAAAUAAAAAAGAGAAAAGAAAUCUGGGCAAUUGAGGAUUCUGAUUAG